AUGAGUUUGAAUAAUGAUAAAGUUAGUGCUACUAGCCAUGAGCUUCUUCAAGCUCAAGCUCAUGUGUGGAAUCAUAUCUUCCAGUUCAUAAACUCCAUGUCAUUAAAGUGUGCAGUUCAAUUAGGCAUCCCAGAUGUGAUUCACAACCAUGGCCAACCCAUAUCCCUUUCCAAUCUCAUUUCCGGCCUCAAUGUCCACCCUUCGAAGGCUCAUUUCAUCGCACGCCUCAUGCGAAUCCUCGUCCACUCCAAUUUCUUUGCACAAGACCAGCAAGUUCAGCUACCACUUCUUCCAAACAAUAAUAACAACAAUGAGAAUAUUGUUCUUCAGGAUCUUGAUGAUGAAGCGGAGGAAAAAGCUGUUGUGGUGUAUAGCCUAACACCAGCUUCCAGGCUUCUCCUCAAGGAAGGUCCAUUAAGCACCACACAAUUUUUACUUAUGAUUCUUGAUCCAGUAGUGACAGAUCCAUUUCAUCUAAUGGGCACUUGGUGCCAGAUGAACAAUCAUGGAAGUCAUGAUCAUCCAGCUUCCCCAUUUGAGAUGGCACAUGGAAGGCCUUUUUGGGGUUUGGCUGCUCAGCAACCAAAGUUUGGUAGCUUGUUUAAUGAAGCAAUGGAGGCUGACUCUCAGCUGAUAGCAAGGGCAGUGGUUGAAGAGUGUGAAGGAGUUUUUGAGGGUUUGAAUUCCUUGGUUGAUGUUGGAGGUGGCACAGGAACCAUGGCCAAGGCUAUUGCCAAGGCCUUCCCCAGCAUUAAUUGCACUGUCUUUGACCAACCACAUGUUGUUGCAAACUUGCAAGGGACUCACAAUUUGGAUUUUGUUGGAGGAGACAUGUUUGAGAAGAUACCCCCAGCAAAUGCAAUUUUCCUCAAGUGGAUUCUGCAUGAUUGGAGUGAUGAGGAAAGCGUGAAGAUAUUAAAGAAGAGUAGAGAAGCAAUUCUGAGCAAAAAUGAAGGAGGAAAGGUUAUCAUCCUGGACAUAAAUGUGUCUGCAGAUGAUAAGGAGAUGGAUAAGAAAUCAAUUGAAACUCAGCUCAUGUGGGAUAUGUUGAUGAUGGUCGACGUCAGUGGCAAAGAGCGUAGUGAAGCAGAGUGGGAAAAGCUCUUUCUGACUGCUGGAUUCUCUCACUAUAAGAUUACACAUACAUUAGGCCUCAGGUCUCUUAUUGAAGUUUACCCCUGA